AUGACGACAACGAGGACUGUCCAACUAUGGCAUCGCAUCGGGUGGUCUCCAGAUUGGGGUGUUGAGGUUGAGGAGAUUUUGUGGUUAGGGAAGAUUAGAACGAUUCCACUACACUCUAAGAGUGCAUCUAGUAUGAAAUGUUCAUCCGCCCAUCCUGUCGGCAUAGUGUGUACCAACUACUUGAGAGAAAUCCCACAUGACCAGAAGCCAUUCGUUGCUCUGGAAAAUCUGUUCUACACUGAUGACAUGGAUGGACUAUUGCAGACUGCAGGACUUUCCUGGUUCAAGUUAAGUGCAUUAUGGGCUAGACUCCCAUUUGAAAGUGCGAUUCCUGUUCGUGAAGCCCAGAGUAUAGAAAGGGAUUCCCGAAUCGUCAAUGGACAUCCCGCUCCUGUUGGUCGAUUUCCGUAUCAAGUUUGGCUCCGCAUCCAAGGACGUUUUGAUCAAGCAUGUGGAGGAUCGUUGAUUACCUACGAUUGGGUAUUGACGGCUGCCCAUUGCGUAAUCGGAGCAGCUCGAUUCUACGCAUUCAUGGGAACUAUCAAUCGCAAUCAGCCGGAGUUUGUGGGGCAAUCCACUCAUUAUAUCGCACAUCCAUAUUACAACAACGAUAAUCUGAACAAUGACGUUGGAUUGAUAUUGCUUGAGACGCCGGCCCCAAAAAACUCUCCUAACAUCAAACCGAUUGCUCUACCUAAUCCGGGCCGCUUUGGAGAAACAUUCGAGGGAAAGCGAGCAACCAUUUCUGGUUUUGGAACUACCGUAGACACUAACCUUAAUGGGCCAUCGCAAGAGUUGAACUGGAUCGAUGUUACAGUUAUCUCGAACGACGAAUGUUAUACCGUUUAUGGGCCGUUUUUGGUGAUUGAUUCAACGAUAUGUGCUAGUGGGGCAGAUGAUCUUAGCCAGAGUCCAUGUUUUGGAGACUCCGGAGGCCCGUUGACCAUUCAGGAAAACGAAACCAGUUUGCAAAUUGGAGUCGCUUCAUUCGUUUCCGCAAAUGGAUGUUCAUCGGGUAGGCCGGCAGGAUAUGCCCGGAUCAGCUAUUACGUUGAAUGGAUCAAUGGAGUCACAUCAUCGGGUCGAACACUUGAGACAACAAUUAUAUCCGUUUUGGGUCCCUUGAUAGUUCAUGUUUACUCUCGAAACAGAAGUUUGUUGUAG